AUGAACACUGAGAGCGACCAUGCGAAGAAGAUACAAACAGUCCUCGAAACGGCAAAUUUCACUCACCUCUGCUCUGAAGCCACCAAGAUUCGCCAACGAGAAAAAUCCUCAGAUGUGCUGACCUGCUCUGUAAACACGGCAAAGUUCACCAGCGGAACAUACAACCUUGUGGUUGCGCUGACCUUUUCGGACACAACUCAAUGGAUGGCGAGAAUCAUGCUGCCACAAGACUACGACGAUGAAAAUGUGGUGACAUCACUUUUGAGUGAAAUUGCUUCGAUGAACUUUGUUCGCUCCAAAACGACCAUACCUGUACCCCGCAUCUUUGGGCACAAUGUCACGAAGAAUGACUUCGGCUAUCCCUAUUUGUUGAUGGAAGCCCUCCCAGGAACCGUUCUAGAGAACCGAAUGGCUCUCUCGAUACCUGCUACGCAUAAGAAGAAAUUCGCUGCUCAACUGGCCCGCUAUGUCUAUGAACUGAGCACUCUCCGAUUUAGCAAGAUCGGUUGUCUCUCGUACUCCCAGUCCGGCGAGCUUGAAGUCUCACCACUCCAAAUCUCAGGCUCUUGGGUCGAACCUUUGUCUACCUCGUUGGAAUACUUCUAUCGAUUCCGCAAAGGCCAAACAAGGGAAAUCCACGAAGAACACAAAGGCGAGGCAGACUGGGAAGCAGCGGCUUGGUUCCUUGAAAAAUCGUUGACUUCUAUGGUAACGGAAGAGCAUUGA